CUGUCAACGCUUAAGUCCAUAAUAUCGCGAAAGUGAGGGACGAAGGCCUUUGCGCCUCGUGAAAUCCGCGAUUCCUGCGUACUUGAGAUGACUUACAUGGACUGGGCCUGGAAAUAUCCUUGAUGUCGCAGGACCCCUUCGCUCCGUUGACCGGCAAGGUCGCGGGAGCUGCGGGCUUCAGUUCCACGCCCGCGACAGGCUUCAAUCCGCUGACGGCUGGGCUGCACCAGCCGGCGCCAGCGCCGGGGCCAGGAUGGGUGUCCUUUGACGAUGGCCCAAGCGUGGGGGCGGCUCCAGCCUUCCCGGCUCCGCAGCCACAGCUGGCGCAAGCACCCAUGACCUCUGGAAUGCCUGGCCAGGUGCCGGGCAUCUUGCCCCCGGCAGCAGGCGGCCUCGGAACGGCCACCUCGUUCUCGCCACUGACAACUGCCGCAAACAAAUCUACGUUCCCAACGUUUGCCGCGCUGCACGCCAGCAUUGCGCAGCCGCAGACCGCCGCAGCCACAACCCAGCCCGCCAUACAUCCGUUCAGUGGCCUUCCCGCGGCGGCACCGGUGGUGGUCAAGCCUGCCGCUGUGGGCGGCAGCGGCGCAGCGGUGCACGCCAACCCAUUUGCCGCCAGCGCCAAUCCGCAAGGCGCGACGGCCGCGGCACGCAGCAAUGACCCCUUCGCAAGCCUGGCCAUGAGUCAGCCGCCAGCACGGCCGCCGCCCAUGGGCGCCUCCUCGUCCAGGCGCCACGUCACCGACCCCUUCGCCGCUGCGGAGGCGCCACCGGCGUUCCCAACCUUUGCGGCCAUCCACGGGCAGGCACCGCCGCCCCCACAGCCGCACUCAGCGCUGACACCGCAGCCUGCAUCUACCGGCAGCCCCUCGCCGCUCCCGGUCUUCCCGGCGUUUGCGGCCGCGCCGCAUCUUCCGCCGCAAGGGGCGGCCCUGGCAGCUGGACCGCCGGCCAGCAAUGUACAACAGCCUGCCUCUGUCGAUGCCGCCAGCUUCGACGCGUUCGUGUCCAGCGCGCUCCGUCCUGUGCCUGCACCUCUAGCACCAGUCGGGGCUGCGGCUGCGGCUGUGGUCACACCGCCUCCGCCGCCACCCGCCUACACAGCCGCGUUGUCCAUGUCGCCGGCGGCGGGGACGGGGCCAGCACCGCCGCCACCACCCACUUAUGACGACGCCGUCGGGAUAUCUACACUGCCCCUGCCACCGCCGCCCGCGUACACGGACGCGCUUGCGAUGCCUGAGGCUCCAUCAUUGGGCGUGGACGGUAGCGGUGUGCUCACACCUCCGCUGCCGCCGCCCGGCUACGACGAGGCGCGGGUGAUGCCCUCGGCGGACUCCAGCGGCGCGCUGCCCAACGACGUGUCGCUGACGGGGCUCGUGCAGGGGCGCCCGCUGCCCGGUGCACGUGCGCAAGGGCCCAGCGGGCUUGCGAUGGGCUCGUUAGGCUCGGCCGUCGUCAGCAGUGGCGCGGAGGAGAACUGGGCCAGCUUCGGCUCGGAGGUGCACGCGGCCCCGCACCUGACGCGACAGAUGACGCAUGCCACGGCCGCGGUGGCGGAGGUGCCGCUGCCGCGGCCGCCGCCCACGGCAACCUUUGGGCCGGGCGGGGCCGCACUGAUGCACUCCGGCGGCGUUCACCUGUCGCACGCCGUGCCGCCGCCGCCGCCGCCCAUGGCGCCGCCGCCACUGCCGAAGCAGGUGACGAUAGAGGUGCGGCUAGCGCCGCUGAAGCCCAAGGAGGCGGCCCUGCCGGUGCGGCUUGUCGCUGGCAUGGGCAAUGUAUUUGCGGCGCCCGGCGGCGAGGGCGUGAGCGCUCUGCAGUGGAUGCUGUGGCCGCUGCAGCCACCCGCGGGUGCUGGUGGAUCCGGCCCGCACGGGCCAGUAGUGGAUGGGGCGUUGCCGCUGGCAUACCAGAUGCCUGCGGGGGGAAAGCAAGCUAGGGAUGACGGUGGCUCGGCGCGUGCGGGGGACAAGCAAGCCGUGGAGGACUGGGACUCGGCCCCUGCCGCGAUGCUGUUUGUGCCGCCCUCGUGUGAGGCGGCCGUGACGUGCAUGCUGCUGGACGAGCAGAGCGGCAGCCUGUGGACAGGCCACAAGGAUGGCAAGGUUGCGCGCUGGAGCGUCCUGCAGGGCCGCGUUGCGCAGUACCAGCACCACUGGAAGGCACAUGCGUAUGGGAAGGUGACGAGCCUGGUGCUGACGCCGUGGGGAGAGCUGUGGACGGCUUCGUCAUCAGGCUCGGUGCGGGCGUGGCAGUACCUCGCAGCCAUACCAGCGACGCGCCCGCCCAUCCGUAUGUUCGAGUGCCGCCGCGAGCGGCUGGCGCGGGGCUCCACGCUCCGCAAUGCCGCACCUCGGCCGCACAGCAAGGUGCGGCUGAUGGCCCUGGGCCCCGGCGGCCGCGUGGUGUGGACGGCGGGCCGCAGCGGCAUGGCGCUGUGGGGCGCCUACGACGGCGAGUUCUUGGGCUCGCUUAGCCCGGGGACCGAGAGGGAGACUGGCGCGCCUGGCGGCACGGCCGGCACGGCCUCGGCGGGCGCCACGGGCGCAGUGUACCCGUCAGGCGGCGGCCUGGCGCGGCCCGGCACCAUGUCCAAUUACGCGGCGGCGUACGCGGGCGAGACGGGCGCUGGCGGCGUGCUGGGCCGGGAGGGGCGCGACGCGCAGCAGCAGAUGGACAUCAACUCCCGGACGGGUCUGGAGCCGGUGCUCAUUGAGCGCAAGUUCGAGCGCGCACCGCCGCCGGAGGACAACGACGAUGGCGACGGCGGCACAGAGGCGGACCUGGGCACGCAGGUGUUCAAGGGGCUGGCGGGCGCCGCCAAGUUCGCGGCCAAGUGGGGCAAGAAGAUCGCCAAAAAUGUGGGUGAGCUGCAAGCUGCGGCCUCGGGAGGUGGCAAGGACUCGGCAGCGGAUGACUGGGCUGAAGGCGGCAAGGGUGCUGGCUACGGCGCCGCGGGCGGCGGCGGCGGCAGCUCUGCCGGUCUGGCGGGUCGCGGCAAGGUGGUGGCGAUGGUGCCGGGUCUGGAUGGCUCCAUGUUUGUGGCGUUCAAGAACGGCGUGGUGGACAAGUACACCGAGUGGGGCAAGCUGCUGUGGUCACGGGACUUCGGUCGCGAGCCGCAGCUGUGCUGUGCCGCGCUGGCGGGUACGCAGCUGUGGCUGGGCGGCACGGACGGCUGCAUCCGCGCAGUCACGGCUGCGGCCGGCGAGCUGAGUCGCGCCUGGAAGGCCUUUGACUUCCCGGUCGUGGCCCUGGCGCACGACGCCAACCCCUUCCGCGGCCUGGGCCUGGUGUAUGGGCUGUCGGAGCACGGCAGCGUGCGGGCGUGGCCGGCCGCGCUGCCGGACGAGGCGACGCUGGUGCAGUGGAGGGACGGACUGGAGCCUUGCCUCACGCGGCACCAGCUGCGCGUGCUGGCGGGCACCUGGAACGUCAACGAGACGCGGCCGGCGCCGUCGUCGCUGACCACCUGGCUGAGGUCGGGUGCCGCCACCGCAGACAUCGUGGCCAUCGCCCUGCAGGAGGUGGAGGUGGGCACCAGCAGUGUAGCCAUGGACGCGGCACGCAACCUGCUGUACAAGACCAUGCUGGAGCGCGGCAACCAGAACGCGCAGUGGUGGGCCUCGGAGCUUGCCGUUGCGCUGACAACCGCGAGUGGCGGCGCCAGCUGGGACCGUGUGGGCCUGCGCCAGAUGAGCGGCAUGCUGGCGCUUGUGUUCUGCCGCGCUCAGUUGAGGCCGCACGUGGGCGAGGUGGCCACCGCCAGCGUGCCCUGCGGCGUCAUGGGAGUGGGCGGCAACAAGGGCGCCGUCGCAGUGUCCAUGUCCGUGUACAGGCGGCGCAUCAUGUUUGUGUGCUCCCACUUCGCAGCGCACCAGGAGCGGGUGGAUGAGCGCAACGACAACUACAACAAGAUUGUGCGCCAGUUGCACUUUGAGAACACCAGCAAGGCCGCGGCGCGCAUGGCUAGCCACCAGCAGCAGCAACAGCAGCAGCAGCAGCAACCGGGCGCGGAGCCAGUCCUGAUCCGCGAUGACAGCGACCUGGAUGCGGCGGCGGCCGCCGUGGUGCAGUCGUCCGCGGAGGGAGGCGGCGCCGACGCCGGGGCCGCGGUGGCCCAGGCCAUUGCGGAAGCGGCGGCGGACGACGGGCACGGCCCGGGCAUGGCGGACGCGGCGAUGCUUGUAUGGGCAGGUGACUUCAACUACCGCAUCAAUGGUCCCUAUCUUGCGGUGGUAGAAGCCGCCCGCGCCGGCAGGUUCGCAGAGCUGUACACGAUGGACCAGUGCCGUGAGCAGAUGGAGAAGGGCAACGUGUUCCGCGGCCUGCGUGAGCCGCUGCCGCUGGGGCACCCGCUGUUCGUGCCCACCUACAAAUUCGACAAGGGCGAGCCGGUGCGCCCCGGCAGGGAUGGGCGCCUGGAGCUGCCGUAUGACACCAGCGACAAGCAGCGCGUGCCGGCCUGGACCGACCGGAUCUUCUACCGCGGCUCUCGGCCGGGCAGCCUGGACAUGGCUGGCGAGGAGGUGCAGGUGGGCGUGGCGCAGCCCCUGGACUACAACUGCUGCCUGGAGCUGAACGACUCGGACCACAAGCCCGUCUACGCCAUCCUGCAGGUGCUGCUUCCCGGCUACAAGCAGGAAGCCAAGCGCCUGCACAGUCUGGCUAUUGCGGCGGUACUGCACCGCGCCGCCGUCACCUCGGCUAUUAAGUCGGCGGCAGCGGUGGACGCGUCUGCAGUCGUUGGCGGCCCCCGGCCGCCGCCGCUGCCGCCGCCAGUGCACGCAUCCACCCAUUCGCUGCAGGUGCGCGCGGGCAUCGAGACGCCGUCCUUCGUGGACGUGCGCAACAGCAGUACCGCGGCCUUGCUGGUGCACGUAUCCGUGCAGCGGCCGGGGCCGGGAGCCGGCACGCCGGGCCCGCUGCCGACGUGGCUAGAGGUCAGCCCCACCAACUUCAUACUGCUUCCGGCGGACGCACACGCUGGGCCGGGAACUGGGGAGCCUGGGCAGGGGUCGCUCGUGCGUGUGUUCUUGCGGGCUGCGAGUGGCGCUUCGGAGGGCGGUCGUGUGCCAGGUCCGGUGCGGUUGCACUUCAGCGUGCGGCCUGUGUGGGCGGCGCCCCAGACGCUGGCAGGAGUGCCGGGCCCGGUGGUGAGCGUGAGCGUUAUUGGAUGAUAGCGUAGCGUUUUGUGGGGCGCGGUGCGGUACAGGCGUUUAAGGUUGGCGAACAUAAGGUGUUACACUCUGGUCGUGCUGGUGAUUCAAUGCGCUGGAAUUGGUCGUCAACACCUGCAUAAUGUCAUGUUGUACCACUGCCGCGCCUGUGGCCAUGCUGCACGUGAAGAGCGUUGUGGACGAUUGCUUUAGAGGUAUACAUGAACUUCUCAUUGCUCAGUGCGAAGGAGGCUCAUGAGUGCCACUGUGGUAAGACGGUACUGGCUAUGGGGUCACAUCAAAGGUCGGCUGGCCUAGUCUCACACUGCGGAGCUGUGAUUCGACGUGCCGAAAGCAUCGGGGCCACUGGAAUGCCUGCAUGGUUUGUUGGGGGUACUUGACUGUGCCACGGAUGGCCGUGAGGGCCUUG